AUAGAAGUAGAUAUAAAUAAUUUAGCUGAAGUUAGUUCCAACUCAAGAGAUUUUUCAGAAGAAAAUUAUGAUGUAAUGAAAUAUAGACGAGAGAAAUAUGCUAUAUAUAAAAAGAAGUUUAAUACCGCAUUAGAGUUGUAUGAACGAGAAAUUAAUAAUGAUAAUUUUGUAAAUAACUUCGAUAAGUUAAUGAUGCCAAUUUUAAAAGAAAUUGAUGACUGUGAAUCGGUAUUACAAUCCCAUAAACAACAAGCUACUUGGAAAACACAAGGAAAACUUGCCUUCUGA